AAGAGCAAGAGGGAGUGAGGGAGCGAGGGGUAGGAGAAGAGUGAGAGAGGCAGACAGAAGAAAAGACUCAAAACUUGUGACUUGACAAAAGAGGGCAGGUACCAGAGGCAGGACAAUGAAGGCUGGUGCGAGACUCCUGUCUGCACUGACUCUGCUCCUCCUACUGGGGGCAGUGUUCACACAGAGGCCUCGGCCAAAGAAGCCCACCAGGCGCCCAGCUACCCCCAGAAAGCCUCCUGCUCGUCUCCCAACUGUACCACCCCAGCCUGAGCCCAAGGAACCAACAGAUUUCCCCCCACCCAUCCUGGGCCCACCUUCCAUCUUUCCUGACUGCCCCCGGGAGUGUUUUUGCGCCCCAAGCUACCCGAAUGCGCUCAACUGCGAGAACCGGAACAUUCGUGUAAUCCCAGCGAUCCCAUCCAGGACUCACUACCUGUAUCUCCAGAACAAUUACAUCUCUGAGAUAACCUCCGAGCCCUUCCUCAACGCCUCUGAGGUCCGCUGGAUCAAUCUAGCAAACAACCGUAUUCAUCGGAUAGAUAAGCAGGUGUUUGAAAAGCUUCCAGCACUUCUGUAUCUCUACGCACAACGAAACCAGCUUAAUGAAGUACCUUCAGGCCUCCCAGAAACUCUGGAACAGCUCCGCCUUAGUAGGAAUCGUAUUUCCAAGAUCCCACCUGGGGCCUUCAACAACAUGGGGAGCCUGGCUAUGCUCGAUCUGUAUCACAACCAGCUGAGUGACAGUGGCCUGGGUAAGAACAGCUUUAAGGGCCUUACGAACCUGGUGCAGCUCAACCUGGCUCAUAACACGCUGAAGAAGAUGCCUACUAGUAUACCAACCAGCCUUGUGCAGCUUUUCUUGGAUAGGAACCGUAUCGAUGACAUCCCAAAAAACUACUUUGACAACUAUGCUCACCUGGCUUUUGUGAGGCUGAACUACAACCAGCUGAGUGAUAAAGGAGUUCCCAAGAAUGUAUUCAAUGUCUCCAGCCUGCUAGACUUGCAACUGUCCCACAACCAGCUCGCUUCGAUUCCUUUGUUCAACGGUCACCUGGAGCACCUGCAUCUCGACCACAACAGCAUUGAGAGCAUCAAUGGCACCCAGAUUUGCCCAUACAGCGUGCAAGCUGACACGAGUGAUAUGAGCCAGGUUCCCAAGCUAAGGUAUCUCCGUUUGGAUGGAAAUCACCUGAACCCUCCCAUCCCUCUGGAUGUCAUCAUGUGCUUCAGGCUCCUUCACUCUAUUGUCAUUUAGGAAAGCCAUGCCUAAAGGCAUGGAGGCUUGCACAUGCAGUACUGUGCAAAAGUCUUGAGCUACGCAGCAUUUCUUUAUAUUUUGCUAGAAAAGUGUGAAAAAUGUGCUUUCUUGUCAUUUCUUUAAGUGGUCUCCAGAAAUUGUUCUCCGGGCUUCUUAAAAGACAUUCAAAGCUCUUCCUUGGAUGUUGGCUGCCUUUUGUUUUGUUCCCUAUCAAGAUGAUCCCACACUGCUUCAGCAAUUUUGAGGUCUGGGAUCUGGAGAGGCCAAUCCAAGACUGACAGUGUUUAAUUGGGUGUUUUUCUGUCCUGGUAUCUUUUACUGCUCUGGUAGUGUGUUUGGGAUUGUUGUCAUACUGAAAGUUGAAGCUUCUGCUAAUCAGAUACUUUGCAGAUGGUACUACAUGGUGGAUCAAAAUCUGACCGUACAUUUCUGUAGUAUUGAUGUCAAUUGAUUUGACAAGAUCCCCAACACCACUCGCUGAAAUGUAGCCACUUUGGCUGCAGUCACACACAUCUUUCUUAUUGACCAUAAUUUGAACUAAAAAAAUUCAAAUUUUUGUUUCAAAGAAGACCCGUUGGGACUGAUAUUUGGUCCCGUUCUUGUGUAAUUUGACAUACCUUAACCUUUUCUCCAUUUUACUUUAUUAAGAAUGGCUUCUUAACAGCCACUCUUCCACUUCUUAUGAGGCUUCAGUGAACAGUAAAUGAACUGAAGGGUCAGAUGCAUCUCUCAGGUCAUGUUUCAGAUCUUUGCUGCAUUAUUUGACCUAUUUCUUCUGAAUAUAACUUUCAGAAAAACUUUUAAAAGAUUUUAAGAUCUUGGAGAACUGUUGUUCACUACUAUAAAGAAUUAAAAGAAAGUCUGGCUCCAAAACAACAAGAAAUGAGGGGUGGCUCAAGACUUUUGCACAGUACUACUGACACACACACACACACACACACACACGCACACACACACACGCACACAUCCAUGAAAACGUAGACUCACUUUGUACUAGGUGCAUUUCAUUGUAAAGUAUGGUGUUUAUCAGCAGUAGACGCUGUGGAACUGUAAUACUGAGAGAGGGACUGCAAAUAACUGCAAAACUUGGAUGGUUCAAACUUUUUUAAUUGUGAUGACAAAUUUAACUAUUGCCAUUUUUUGGACAGUCCCAACAUUAAACUACAAAUCAGCAUAAACUGUGACUAUGCUGACAUUUAGAGUUAGGUUUCUGUAGUAGUUGCAGUUUAUCAGUGUUUUUUGUUUACAAAACUUCAUGUAAAGAAAAAAGUGAAAAAUAUAGCUUAAGCCUGAAAACACAGGGACAUUUACAGACAUGCUACAAACAUAAACGGUAGUUAAGUUCACAAGAAUAGGUCAACAGAGUGGGGCAGCCGUCGGAGGCAAUGAAUAAAUACGCAGUGUAAGUUAAAAGAGAUAACCAGCUUUAAAUAACUAGCUCCAUGUAGUUAAAACAGUUUCAAAUGUGCCUGUGAUUUUCAAGAUACUCUUUGUAAAAAUGUCAUUUUAUUCUUGUUAUCCCUAAUCUUUUGUAUAUUAUUCUUCUGUAUAAAGAAGCUUUGUACAAACAAUGGAAAAUAAAAGUUCUCCUUGAUCAUCUGAUAAUGCUU